UCAUACAAUAUUUCUCAGAAACCUGUUUUGAACCUUGUUGAUUUCAUUGUUUUCAUAUAGUGUGUUCAGACACACUUGAUUCAGGAUGCUGGUUUUGUUCAUUAUGGCUCACUAGAACACUCAAAGCAGCAGUAUGUAUAUUAUGUCAAAAUGUAUAUCAUAAAUGGGUAUUAAAAAAAAAGUUAAGACACAAAUACAGUGAAAUAUAUUGAAUUAAAUUAAGAUAUUUUUACAUUUAAAAUAUAAACAUAAAGGCUCAUCUUUUCUUUAUUGUUUAUUCUGUAAAAUACGAUAACGCUGGGACCAAUUUAUCUGUGAAAGGCAGCUGAUGAAUCAGUCAGGCUAAAACUCUUUUCUGUUCUAAUUUACAAUAAGAUUUGUCUCGGAUGAAACAGGUUUGACAGACUCGGGUCCUUAGAGCCAUGAGCCUUUCAAACGCUGGCAGAAAUUCCACAGUGCCUUCCGGCCGGGACAACAUACAAACAGCCAUAACCAAGAAUGUGAUCACUGUGGUUCUGUGCAUCUCCAUCGUCUACAUCAACAGCACCCUUGUGCACACGUUCAAGAAACACCAGGUCUGAUUCUCGUCUCAUUCAUUUCAUCCCUUAAGUCAUAAACACCACACUGUGUCUCAUGUAAUCAUCUGCACUGUGUCUGUUCUUUUCCUCUUGUCUCCUUAUCACUGCUGUGCUCCCCUGCAGGUUUUCAACAUGAACCCUCGCUACAUCCUCUACAUCCAUCUGGUGAUCAAUGAUAUAAUCCUGCUGACCAUCUUCACCCUCAUGCAUGUGAUGAGUUACAUCGUCUUCACUCUCAAUGUGUGCUUUUGCAUAGUUCUGCUCAUGACUGCUAUAUUUUCGAACUUGAACAAUCCUCUGACACUUGCCGUUAUGGCAGUAGAGUGUUACAUCGCCAUAUGCUUCCCGCUCCGCCACAACCAGAUCUGUACGGUCAAGAAGACGUAUAUCGUGAUCGGCGUGAUAUGGGUGCUGAGUACACUUUCAGUGCUGCCAGAUUUAUUUUUCACCUUGGCCACAGAGUCCGUGGAAUUCUUUCAUUCCAGAGUGUUCUGCCUGAGGGACAACAUUUUCAGGAACCCCAGUCUCAAAGAGAAGAGAGAUACAUACAACUAUGUGUUUUUGGUCAUUGUUUGGCUCACGCUUUUCUAUUCAUACUUCAGGAUCCUGUUCGCUGCACAGGCAGUGGAUACAGAUGCCAAGAAGGCAAGGAACACCGUCCUCCUCCACGGCUUCCAGCUGCUGUUGUGUAUGCUCACCUAUGUUUUCCAUCUCAUGAUAAAUAGUGUCACAUACAUGUUCCCAAAAGAGGUGAUGGCCGUUCGCUUCAGCAUCUCCAUAUUUGUUCAGGUUCUGCCUCGACUCGUCAGUCCGGUUGUUUAUGGGCUACGAGACAAGACUUUCAGGAAGUACCUGAAAAGAUAUCUGCUCUGUAGAACAAGCACUACCACUCAUCCGCAAAGAAAAAUCUUAAAGAGGCCAUGAUGAAGUCCUGUUUUAAUAUGCUCCUGCUUUACUUUAACUGCUUCAUAUUAAAGGACACGAAAAGAAAACACAUUACAUACUAGCAGAGACAUCAAGAUAAAGACUGCAGUGCUUUUGUAUGUGUGUGUAGUUCACUUACACAAACUCUUUACAAUCCAAUCCUUGUUUUUGCUCUUUAAACAAAUAAAGAACGAAUUAAUUUUUACUGGUUAUUCGACUUAUUUCUUAAAUCUCCUUGGAAUAAUCAUUUGUGGCUGAUUCUACUAUAGAAAUUCUAAAUCUAAACAAAUUUUAAUAGAUUUUUCAAAAAUACCUUCCUUCUCCAGGAAUCUAUGAACAUGUAAUUUGUCAAAAGGUUUACAAGCUCGAGACAUGACGUCUCCUACUUCAAUGAAAAGUCAAUUUUUAGUGUUCUUCAUCUGGAGGCCUAGGAUU